AUGUCCUCCCGCGCAAUUCGCAAGCUGCAAAAGCUGCGCGAACAAGAGCUGCAGCGAGCAGAGCAGGAAGAGAAUGACAGCGAUGAUGAGCCCGUCUACCAGUCCUCCAAGCCGAAACUUAACGCCUUCGAUCUUCUAAACGCCGCCGAUGAGGAGGACGAUGAGAAGCAGGAGUCCGACCACGAUGUCCCCGAACCGGUGACUCAGACGGUAGAAGAGACCCCCGCACCCAUUCAGUCGGCCGGUUCGAAGAAAAAGAAGAAUAAAAAGAAGAAGAAGAAGGCAUCUACGAAACCUACGGCAGAAGAACCGACGCCGAAAGAGGAAGAUCUGGAUGAGAUCGACCGAGCUCUCAAAGAGCUGGCGGUUCAAAACCCCGCGCAUGGGAAUGCCACGGCGGCCGCGACAGUUAACUCCCGCGAUGCGGCGUUCCCCAAGACCCCGGAUCAGUUGCUAGGCAUCGAGCCUAAAUUCCUCAAUGCGACGAAUGAAAUGCGGAAACUGUUCGGAAAUGUGGUUCUGGAGAACUUUGAUCAGCAGGAUGCCGGCACAGGUCGUCGCAGGGACCGGAACAGAGAGAUGGUGGAUUUGGGUCGGGCCCUGACCGGCCGGUACAGUCCAGCCAGUCGAGGACAGAGCUUGGCUGGGGUAACGCUGCGACGGAAUGUCCUGAUGCAAGGCAAAGACGAGUGGCCGCGCGCGCCUAGCGGUGGCCUUGGGAUGGAACUAGCGGAGAAGGCUCCAACCGGAGCUACGGUCUACAAGAUCCUGCAUAACGCCUCAUACCAGGAUAUCCAGCGGCAAUUCGACAUGUGUGUGGAAUCAAUGGAUCCCCAAAGGAUGAUCCAUCUUCUACAGUACAACCCGUACCAUAUCUCGACGCUGCUCCAGGUGUCCGAGAUCGCGAAGCACCAGGGUGAUCAUGCGGUGUCCGCUGAUCUGCUUGAACGUGCACUGUUCAAUAUUGGUCGCUCAGCCCAUUCCUCCUUUGGGACCCGGCUGAAGGAAGGUCUCGCACGACUGGACUUCGUGCAUUCAGAAAAUCGAGAGCUCUGGCUGGUGGGGUGGAGAUACAUCGCCAACCUGGGAAUGAAGGGAACAUGGCGCACGGCAUAUGAAUGGGCCAAGCUGCUUCUGAGUUUGAACGAUAGCGAUCCGUAUUGUAUCAAAUUGCUGAUCGACCACCUGGCUCUGCGGGGCAGGGAAUAUGCCCAUUUCGUUGAGCUAUGCACGCAGACCCGGCUGAGCGAGGAGUGGGCUUCGCUCCCUAAUAUCCAAUGCUCACUUGCACUCGCCUAUCUCCGACUCAACAAGCCAAAGGAGUGUCGGGAGCAGCUGCGUCGCGCCAUGUCGCGGUACCCGUGGGUCUUCUGCAAGCUGGCACAGGAGCUUGACAUCCAGCCCAUGCCCAAGCGCAUCUGGGGUAAAAUGCCACCGACAGAUGCACACGAGCUACUCACCGAGCUGUAUAUUGUACGAGCCAAGGAUUUGUGGAACACUCCCGAGGCGGUGUCCCUGAUUGUGGAAGUGGCCGACACCCUGCCGGACGAGGAAGAGGCCAUUGAGCCCCCGGAGAUCACGUUAGAUAUUGCACGUCAUGUUAUCCUGUCGGAUGUCCCUCGAGUCACAACUCAUCUGCCCGGGCGUUUUGUCACGGGACGGAUCUCAGCAUCCGACCCCCUCCCUCCGUACGAGUCUGAGGCAUAUCGGCAGCAGCAAGACCCCACACCGGGCUAUCUGUCACAGGUGCCGGAAGGCGGACGGCCACAGUGGCUUCGCGAUCUGCUCGACCAGUUGAACAACGGGGCACUUCAUUUCCCCCGGUUCCAAGCCGGAGGUGAGGGGGAAGUAGUCGGCGACGAUGUCUCGUCUGAAGGUGAGCCUGCAGCAGAUCACCGUCCACAUCCUACCGCCGAUCAACAACCACUGCUGGAACAAUGGCUCUUGGAAGAUGGGCUGCACAGUCUGGAGGCGUUCCUUCGGCAGUAUGGCGUGGACCGGGGGAACUGGGGCGAAGUGGUGGAUUACUCUCCCUUGACGGAGUAUGUUGAUGCUCUGCAUUCGCUCCAGGAGAACACACGACAACGGAUCCUCCACGGGGCCCUCCGCGAGGCCCUGGGCGAAAUGGUAGUUGACAUGCUGGAGGAUGAACUGCAGCUACUGGAGUACGAUGAAGAAGAGGGUUCGUGA